ACCGAGCGGGUGGAGGUGGAAUCCCGCGGCCUCAACCACGUGGAGGGCGGCUGGCCCAAAGAAGUCAACCCGCAGGAGGUGGAACAAACCAUCCGCUUCCGGAAGAAAGUGGAGAAAGAUGAAAACUACAUCAACACCAUCGUGCAUCUUGGCGUCCUGAUGGAGCACUGCGUCAAGCAGAACAAUGCCAUCAACAUCUACGAGGAGGACUUUGGAGAGGAGGAGGAGGCAGAGAUGGAAGAUGAGCCCCCCUCGGCAAAAACCAUCAAUGUCUUCAGGGAUCCAAAUGUAACCAAGAGGACGGCCACGCGUCUCUCCUGGCAUCCCGACAUGUGCAAGAAACUGGCAGUGGCUUAUUCCAGCCUGGAGUUCCAGCAAAACAUGAAAGACAUGAGCUUUGACUCCUACAUCUGGGAUCUUGAAAACCCCAACAAGCCAGAGCUCGUUCUCAAGCCGUCAUCCCCUCUCGUUUGCCUGGAGUACAACCCCAAAGACUCGCACGUCCUGGUGGGAGGAUGCUACAAUGGGCAGAUGGCUUACUGGGACACCAGGAAAGGGGGAUUGCCCGUGGAGGUGUCCACCAUGGAGGUCAGCCACAGGGACCCCGUGUACGGAGCCGUCUGGCUGCAGUCCAAAACGGGCACCGAGUGCUUCUCGGCCUCCACUGAUGGGCAGGUCCUGUGGUGGGACAUCCGCAAGCUGUCCGAGCCCACUGAGACGCUGGUCUUGGACAUCACCAGGAAAGGGCUACUGGAGAACGCACUGGGUGCUGUCACGCUGGAGUUAGCCCACCAUGGUGAGCCUCCGUGUGCUCCCAAGCAGUACCCUGACCCGGGCAGGAGCGAGAGCCACACCAAACCGAGUGGGCAGUGCCCGGUCCCCACCUUUGGCCACUAUGGACCUGUCUACGCGCUGGCCAGGAACCCUUUCUACCCCAAAAUCUUCCUGACAGUCGGCGACUGGACUGCUCGGAUCUGGUCGGAGGAGAUCAAGGAAUCAUCAAUUAUGUGGACCAAGUACCACCUCUCCUACCUGACGGAUGGGUGCUGGAGCACCGUGAGGCCGGCUGUCUUCUUCACCACCAGGUCGGACGGGACCCUGGAUGUCUGGGACUUUCUCUUCAAGCAGAACGACCCGUCCCUCAGCCUGAAGGUCUGCGACGAGCCCCUCUCCAGCCUGCGGCUGCCGGACAAUGGCACGUCGCUGGCAUCGUCCGCCGCAGCUGCUGUCGCAGUGCAGAGCACACUGUCCCACGGGGUCCCUGCUCCACCCUGCACCCCUCACACCCCCCUGCUCUAGAUGUUCGAGCGGGAGACGAAGCGGGAGAAGAUCCUGGAGGCCCGGCACCGGGAGAUGCGGCUGAAGGAGCGGGCCAGGUCGGCGCCAGGGCACAGAGGGGAGCGGCCGGCAGAGAGUCCGCAGGAGGUGUUUGAGCGUGCCCGCAGGGAGUUCUUCGAGGUCAUCAAAGCAGAGCUGCAGAGGAGGGCGCAGGCAGAGACCCAGCACCUGCGUGCCCAG